UCUCAAAUCAGAGGCAGGCAGCCACAGCGAAAGGAGACCGCAUCAGAUCGCACCUCUUUCUCCUCCUCCUACUCCGCCGCCUCCCUGAAGAUAUCGACGAAUCGCUGAUCGAAUUCCGGGCCGUUUCUCGGGCGUUCGCCUCCCUGGUGGUGGAUGGAAGCCAUCAGGAAGCAGGCCUCCAAGCUCAGGGAGCAGGUCGCCAGGCAGCAGCAGGCUGUUUUAAAGCAAUUUGGAGGUAGUGUAUAUGGAGGUUCUGAUAAUGUAAUUACAGAUUCACCAGAAUAUCAGCAGCAUCAAAAACUAGAAAAGCUUUACAUAUCAACCCGAGCUGCCAAGCAUUUUCAAAGGGAUAUAGUCCGUGGCGUUGAAGGCUAUAUUGUUACAGGAUCCAAACAAAUUGAAAUAGGCAAUAAAUUAUCUGAAGAUAGUAGGAAAUAUGGCGGUGAGAACACCUGCACCAGUGGAAAUACACUGUCAAAAGGUGCUUUAUCUUAUGCAAGAGCUCGUGCUCAAAUGGAGAAUGAACGUGGGAAUCUUCUAAAAGCUCUUGGUACCCAGGUUGCAGAGCCAUUAAGAGCUAUGGUAAUGGGUGCUCCAUUGGAAGAUGCUCGACACCUUGCCCAAAGAUAUGAUAGGAUGCGCCAAGAUACUGAAGCUCAGGCUAUUGAAGUUUCAAAGCGUCAAAUAAAAGUAAGAGAAACUGUUGGUGGUGGUGACUACAUUUCAAAGUUAGAAGCCGCUGAAGCCAAGUUGCAGGAAUUAAAAUCUAAUAUGGCAGUGUUGGGUAAGGAAGCCGUUGCAGCAAUGACAGCCGUGGAGGCCCAACAACAAAGAUUAACCUUACAGCGGCUUAUUGCUAUGGUUGAAUCAGAGCGCACUUACCAUCAGAAGGUCCUACAAAUUCUCGAACAACUUGAAGCAGAGAUGCUGUCAGAGCGUCAAAGAAUUGAAGCAUCUCCAAAUCCAGCAACAGAAAACUUUGUGCCGCCUCCCCCAUCAUAUGAAGAAGCCAAUGGCAUUUUUGCUAACUCAACUGUUGAUACAUCAACUGAUACCAUGGAAUACUUUUUAGCUGAGGUUAUUCAAUCAUAUCAGGCCGAGACAGAUGUGGAGCUUAACUUGUCAGUUGGUGACUAUGUUGUUGUACGUAAGGUAUCAAAUAAUGGUUGGGCUGAAGGUGAAUGCAAAGGAAAGGCAGGUUGGUUCCCUUGCGCAUACAUCGAGAGGCGGGACCGUGUGCUUGCAAGUAAAAUUGUUCAAAUUUUGUAGAAAAAUGUCUCUGGGAGAUGUCUAUCUGCUUGUUGUAAUGUCUGGGCUUCCAUAUCCUGGAAACAAAUCGUGUUUGUCUCUUCAGUUUAUUAUUUUGUUCUUGCGUUCUUGGUUCCCUAUGUUUAUUUUAGAUGGCCAAUUUUGUCAACUGAAUUCACGAUGCUGUCUUGUAUCUUUGUCCAAGGUUAAGUGGAUCAUGCAUGGAAGAAAGUUAUUUAUUGCUCUA